UUUUUGAGAAGAUGAGUAAAAAACGCCGCCAAAAAUUGAAGUUUGAUAAAAAUUGUACUGAAUAUGGUCAUGAAUUCUUUUUAUACUUACACCCAACUCAAGGAACGUUCUAUGCUGCAAAUAAACUUGAUUUAGGAAGUGCUGUUUACCUCAUGGAAUUUAUUACAUUCCCACUAAUAGCCAACGAUCCAAAUGACCUUACUAUCCUACAAGACUGGGUUACGAAAGGUGCUCAACAAUAUGGUUUAGAUGUACAUGCAAUUCAACAAA